UGACCUGGCAACAACAUUCAGAGAGCUCUUUACAGGGAGGGGGAACCUUUAACAAAACAAUGCCUUUAAUAUUUAAGAAAGCACUUUAAUACAAUGCUCAAUUUUUUUUUAACUCUUAAAACGGGUGAUACAGUUUAUUAUUAGGGAAAACCGGGCUUAUAUUUUGAGAACCAACUGCUAGCUAGCUCGCUAGCUAGGAUUACUGAGUCACUAUCUUGAACCGAGCGACUGUGUUUUUGUUGUUGGGUAAACAUCUGAUUUUCUCGUGUCUUUUACAGAUAGUACUUGAAAAAACAACGAUUCUCUCUUCGACGUUAACCGGGGUGUAGCAAAUAGGUACGAUUCAGUUGUUUAGUUGCAUGUAAACAACACUGGUUUCAAAUAUAAAAUAUUUUAAAUGUCAUUUGUAUGCUUUUUCGUCGCAUCGAGUAACCUUAAUGUUUCAGGGAAAUUCUGAUAGGUAUGUGACAACGAUAAUAUUUUGCGUGUACUUCUGUGAGAACAUAGGACAUUCGGUUGCAUUAAAAACGAUGGGUAGUUAGGCAACCGAGUGGUUUAGCAAUGUUACUUUGUUCUUUAUCUUGACAUUUCAGAAACUAUUUUACGUUAGCUGUAAUCUUGUAUGUUUAGGGACAAAACUCAGCAUCAAAACAUUGAUAUUAUCUUUUCACCCCAAUUGCACUCAGCGAUUGAAAGAACAUUUGCACUGUGCCAUAAUUUAAGAAAUAUAUGUAUAUUUGUUAUUAUUUUUGUUGUAAACAAACGGUGGGGUUAAGUAGACGGAAAGAGUGAGUACUGUCUAAGUGUUGCAGUAAAUAGUUGCGAUCUGCAAGGUUCUAAAUGCACACCAUACUACCUUACUGAUAAGUCUAAGAAAAAUCUGAGUUAAGGGAUCAUGCAUUAGACUCUUUAAAAUUAUAUAUUUAUAUACUGUAUAUAGCAUAUCGCAUAUAUCCACUCCUACAUAGAGUAGCCUAAUAUUGAUACGUAAAUAGCGGAUACAUAAUAGCCAUCUUAAUUGUGAAAUAGUCUGUACAGAUUAAUAAAGUGAGAAAAUGAGUGGCCAGGGUCCGUCUUCGGAAAAAGGAGUAAACACCAAUUUAGUUUGUCAAGAGAGCUAUGCCUGUGGGGGCUCCGAGGAGGCCGUAUUUGAAUGUGAUGAGUGUGGCAGCUUGCAGUGUGUUCGCUGCGAGUUGGAACUUCAUCGCCAGGAGCGCUUGGCAAACCACGAACGCAUUAGAAUUGGACCGGGGCACGUGCCCUUUUGCGACUCCUGUAAGGGAGGUAACGGCAACCAUACGAGCGGCGGUCGGCAAAGGGCGGUGGUCCGCUGCCAGGGCUGCAAAAUCAACCUCUGCUUGGACUGUCAGAAACGCACCCACAGUGGAGUGAACAAAAGAAAGCACCCAAUCACCAACUACCCUCCUCCCAAACCUGUAGAGGCAAGGUCUGAUCCUGAGGUGGAUGAAGCCCAGGCAUGGAAAGCCAGAGUUUUGGAGAAGGUCUGCAGCUUUCUCCUUGUGGACGAGAAUGAAGAGAUGCAGGUGAAGGAUGAAGACGUAUUUGUCAAGAAAUUAGACUGCAAUCCUGACCAGCUCCUCAAGGUGGUGUCAAUUUUUGGCAACACGGGUGAGGGUAAAUCCCAUACUCUCAACCACACAUUCUUCCUGGGCAGGGAGGUGUUCAAGACUUCCCCAACGCAGGAGUCUUGCACAGUGGGGGUGUGGGCGGCUUUGGACCCCGUCCACAUGGUGGUGGUCAUCGACACAGAGGGCCUGCUGGGGGCCAGCUCCAGCCAGGGCCAACGCACCCGCCUGCUGCUGAAAGUGUUGGCCGUCUCUGACCUGGUAAUCUACCGAACCCACGCCGACCGUCUGCAUGAUGACCUCUUCAAGUUCCUCGGCGACGCCUCAGAGGCUUAUCUGAAGCACUUCACCAGGGAGCUCAAGGCCACCACUGCCCGCUGUGGCCUGGAUGUGCCUCUGUCCUCUCUGGGGCCGGCCGUCAUUAUCUUCCAUGAGACCGUCCAUACCAAGCUCCUUGGCUCAGACAAGCCCUCUGAGCCAGUGGAGCGGCUGCUGCAGGAGCGCUUCCGGAAGCUGGGCCGGUUCCCAGAGGCCUUCAGUUCCAUUCAGUACCGUGGCACUCGCACCUACAACCCGCCGACAGACUUCAGCGGCCUUCUGCGCAGCGUGGAGCAGCAGCUGGACAACAACACCACUCGCUCGCCACGCUCCCCUCGAGUCGUCUACAAAGCCCUGCAGGCCCUGAGCAAUCGCUUCAGUGGGGAUAUCCCAGACGAGCACCUGGCCCACAGCUCCUUCUUCCCGGACGAGUACUUCACCUGCUCCAGCCUCUGCCUUAGCUGUGGCUCUGGCUGCCGGAACAGCAUGAACCACCUGCAAGAAGGAGUGACCCACGAAGCCAAGCACCGCUGCCGCUAUUCCGUUCACUACGACAACCGUGUCUUCACCUGCAAGGCAUGCUAUGAGGGAGGGAAGGAGGUGAUCGUGGUGCCCAAGACGUCCGCUUCCUCUGACUCGCCGUGGCUAGGCCUGGCCAGAUACGCCUGGUCGGGGUAUGUGAUAGAGUGUCCUAAUUGUGGCGUGAUUUACCGGAGUCGGCAGUACUGGUACGGGAACCAGGACCCUGUGGACACAGUUGUCCGCACGGAGAUCCAGCACAUAUGGCCAGGGUCGGACGGUUUCCUGAAGGACAACAGCAAUGCAGCGCAGCGGCUGCUGGACGGGGUGAGCUUCAUGGCGCAGUCCGUGUCCGAGCUCAGCGUCAAGCCCGCCAAAGCCGUCACCUCCUGGCUCACGGACCAGAUCGCUCCGGCCUACUGGAAACCCAACUCCCUCAUCCUGACGUGCCACAGGUGCGACGAGCUCUUCCAGGACAACGACACCAAGCACCACUGCCGCGCGUGUGGGGACGGCUUCUGCGACAACUGCUCCUCCAAGAGCCGCCCCGUGCCGGAGAGGGGCUGGGGCCUGGCCCCUGUGCGCGUGUGCGACGCCUGCUUCGACCAGAGGGGCCUCAGGCCAGAGCUGCUGGAUGCUGAUUUGGAGGAUGAGGAAGGUGGGACUCUGAUCGCCAGAAAGGUGGGAGAGGCUGUGCAGAACACACUGGGAGCGGUGGCCACAGCCAUAGACAUCCCCCUGGGCCUGGUGAAGGACGCCGCUCGCCCCGCCUACUGGGUGCCCGACCAGGACAUCCUCUCCUGCCACCACUGCCAGCGCGAGUUCACUGCCAAGCUGUCCAAGCACCACUGCCGCGCCUGUGGCCAGGGCGUGUGUGAUGAGUGCUCCCCCGACCGCCGUCCGGUCCCCUCCCGAGGCUGGGACCACCCUGUACGCAUCUGUACCAGCUGCAGCCAGAAACCGGGGGACCUCUAGCAGGGCUGGCCCUUUAGUUCUCCCUGCGGAACACUGGAGUGAUCCCCCCACCACCCCCCUCUCCUGUAGCUAGAAUGGUUCAGCCCAGUGUGUAGCAGAGAUUUCCUCUGUACACAUAGAAUUUCACUGUUCACCAUUUUUAGACUAUGGGCUCUAUAGAGUGAUAAUAAGCCCUGCCCCAUUUGUCUGUCUGCUCCAGCACAGAGAAAAGGAAAGUAGCAUAACGGAGUGAGUGGUUAAAAGAUCUGCACCCCCCGCCCCAAUCAUAGGCCUUUUUCAGUAAGUUUUCAUUACUGUCGUUUUUUUAUUGGAGGAGUUUUUAAGAAUUUUUAUUGUGGAACCUGACCUUUUCAUAAGAAUAAUAUACUGUUAAUUAGUUCACACCACACAGGGAUUUUGCCAUACGGUCUGUGAUUACCACCAAGCGUAAUGAGUUGUUUGUGCGCUGUAUCGAUGUCAUCUAUUGCAAUUGGCAGGUGUUGGUACAGAAUUAGUGCAGUAUCUUCAAGUCUCUCCUGUAUACUGCUGAGACUGUUCUUGGAUGGUGCAAAUUGUGGGGAAGCAGUGAAAUAGUGCAGAUAUAGAAUUACUAGACUGGCCAAAUGAUCUCUUGGUUAGCUUUGACCAGUAAUGGGACAUACAUAGUAUAUUAACCAAAUAUUCUAGAAUUCAGCUGUAGAAUAUUUCUUGAAUUAUGCUGUUCCCAAAGAUAGUCACAAAAGAAGGUAAAGUAUCCAAUCUGUGUAAAAUUGGAGUACUUUUAAAGGUACUUUUUGAAUUAACAGUGAAUUAAUAAUUUGAUUAAGAUGACUAUCUUUCGGUCCAGCUCACUGGUUUGAUGUAGAUUAAGUAUCUGCGUGGCAGUGUGUGGGUUGAUCACUGGCUUGCAUUAUAAGCCCGCUUUCAAAACCCUUUGAGUUCACUGCCAAUAGCAUCUCCAUAUUACACAAGAUGUUUUGAAAGUAAUAUGACUGAAAAAGUAUUUCUCUUGCAAUUCCAUUGUCAAAGGGGCUCUGUUUUAAAUACCUUCGAUGAGUGCAGCAGUAACAACUAAUCUUACAUUUAUCUUCACAAUGGAAUCAAGAAGUAAUAUUAAUAUAAAAAGCAACAUUAGCAGAACUCCAUGCCUCAGCACCAUAGACUUGUUUUAAUUGGUGGAACCAGUCAAGCAAUUUUAUUCCUGUGGUGUGUGAAAACAUGACAUUUGAUUAAUGAAACUUGAAAGUGUGUUGUUUUGAGAAAUGUGGAAAGAGAUGCCACUCAUCAUCAGUUAAUUCCUGUCUUCAGCAAUCAAAUCCAAAAGGAAAUAGGAAGUUUUGAGCUUCUAAAUACUUUAGCAAAUAUUCACCAAAGGCAGACAGCAAAUAUGAAAAGAUUUCAAAUAAAGUUGGCAUUCAUGUGGUAGCUUCUAAAUGUAGGACUGUCGAGGUUUACAUGUGAAUUGAGAACCAUAUCAGGGCUCCAGGAGUCACAUAAGUACCACUCAAGUUUCACUGAAGUCUCCAAAGGUUCCUGACACUAUUGCCGGAAUCUCACAUAAUGAAAGUUGCAUGUUUAAAACCUUGUCUCUUACCCUCAAGUAGUGUCCUUAUAGGUAAAAAAAUAAGCGUAUGGAGGCUACCUAGAGUUUGAUAUCUGGUAAAAUAAUGGUAAAAAACAGUUGAUUGCAGGACAACAAUUCCCAUGUGAAUGCCAGUAUAGUUAUUCAUGCCCUUCCACCAAACUGCAUUCGUUGUGCAUUAAUUUCCAAUGCUCUGGAUCUGGAGAAGCAGAGGGAGGGUACACUCUUACUGUGAGCCUAUAGAUUCAUUCCAUUGCCAUGAUCGUUCUCAUUACUAAGCUGUGAUCCAGAGUGAUCAAGUAUGUAAUUAAUAAAGUGAGUGAAUCGCAAGAGCGGCCGAGGAAGCUGCUUGCAUAUAGUCUGUAUUACUGUGUAUUUUAGCGGGAAUGAUCCAAAAAUUGGGAGAUACAUUCAAACUAGUUUUUUUUUUUUAAACGGCAGUCAGUGUAUUGGUUAUUUUGCCCGCAAAGUGAUGGGGUCACUACGGAGAGUAGAGUCAAAGCAUUUUACUUGACUUGUGCCAGGAUUGCUUUACAUCUAUGAACUUUCCUUAUUCAAUGGGUUAACCUUCCACUGGCACUGGAUUGCACACAGUUUUGGGAAGUCAGUGUACCGUCCUUUAAGGUAGCCUUUCGCCAUCCAACCUAGCACCAAGGUCUGUCUGCACACCCUAUUUGAGUUUUGUUUGCCUCAAUUGUGAGCUCACAGGUGUUAAGGAGACAUUGUGCCUGGUCUCAUGUUGCAGAUGGUAUGCGAAAUGAAAGCUGAAAUUACACGUGGACUGAUUUUGUGCACAGGCUGAGAAAUGAGAAGGGAUGACUGACAGAGCAUAGGACACUUUUAUCAUGUCUGUAUCAUGUAUGCUGAUAUAUUAAACCUUUCAAUACUGUU